CGGGUUUUUCAUCGUUACUUUCUUCGAUUUUGGCGCUUGAGAGACGUUCAUGUCGCAAAAAGGGCAAAAAAUCAAAAUCCAAAACCCCAAAAUUCAAAUACUAUGCAAAUGCGAGAGUGCUAACUCACUGACUCUGUGACUCGGCACUCUGCAACUCUCGGAGUUUCCUGUCCAACAAUGGCGUUGGAGGACGAUGACUGGGAUUUGAGCGCCGAAGAAUUCGACUCUCUCGAAAGAGACGCGUUCCAGAAACUCGCUCAACAACGCGUCAACUCCGCUUCCACUUGUUCUUCCUCCUCCUCAUCGUAUCCUUCAUACGAUUACCGCCAGGUGCACCAAUCUUUCCUUGCCACGAACAAUUACAACAGCAACAGCAGCUUCCAGAGUUCCCCUGCGAAACCCGUUUCGAAUUCUCUUCCGAACAAGGUAGCAGCUUUGCCAACCGGAACUAGAGUAUUACGUCCAUCAGUCCCAUGUAAAGUAAACCUGGGAAUUAAAUGUCCCACCUUGACAAUCACCAAUGAUGAACGUGUAAAAGAGCUGCCUAAGAUCAUUGUUAAAUUUUUUCUUCAUGCUAGCGGAAACAUUGCUGCAAAAUUUCCUUAUGACCAGGCGGUAGUAGGUGCUGUCCGCAAAAUCCCCAAAGCCACAUGGUAUGCAAAAGAAAGGUUAUGGAUGUUUCCUAUACCUUCUUUGUCAUCUGCAGAGAAAAUUCUUCAUGAGACAUCUGGUGUUAAUGUUGAGGUAGAGAACUUAGAUCCCUUAGUUCACCGUGCUAUUGCUGCUGCCUCUGUUGUUCCAGACCUUCGAGACCAAUAUGAUAGGAUACCUAGUUGUAUAGAAUCGAAGCUCUUGCCAUUUCAGCGAGAAGGUGUUAGGUUUAUCUUGCAGCACGGGGGGCGUGCUCUCCUUGCAGAUGAAAUGGGAUUGGGAAAGACUAUACAGGCUAUUGCUGUUGCAUCUUGUGUUCGUGACUCUUGGCCAGUUCUUAUAAUCACACCAUCUUCCUUGCGUUUACAAUGGGCCUCUAUGAUUCAACAAUGGAUGAACAUCCCUUCAUCAGAUAUACUUGUUGUUUUGUCUCAAUGCAGUGGGUCAAACAAAAGUGGGUUUACAACUGUAUCCUCAAACAUCAAAGGGACGAUUCACCUUGAUGGCCUAUUUAACAUCAUCUCCUAUGAUGUAGUCCCUAAAAUACAGAAUCUACUAAUGUCAUCAGAGUUUAAGGUUGUGAUUGCAGAUGAGUCACACUUUUUGAAAAAUGCUCAAGCAAAAAGGACAAGUGCCUGCCUUCCUGUCAUAAAGAGGGCUCAAUACGCAAUAUUGCUGAGCGGUACUCCGGCUUUGUCCCGACCGAUUGAACUAUUUAAGCAGCUUGAAGCCUUGUAUCCUGAUGUAUACAAAAGUGUUCACGAAUAUGGUAAUCGAUAUUGCAAGGGUGGAACGUUUGGAUUGUAUCAAGGUGCAUGUAACCAUGAAGAAUUGCAUAAUUUGAUGAAGGCAACAGUGAUGAUUCGCAGACUAAAAAAUGAUGUUCUUUCUGAGCUUCCUGUGAAGCGUAGGCAACAGGUCUUUUUGGAUUUGGCUGAAAAGGACAUGAAACAAAUCAAUGCUUUAUUCCGGGAGUUGGAAGUGGUAAAAGGGAAAAUUAAGGCCUGCCAAUCCAAAGAAGAGGUUGACUCACUCAAGUUUACUGAGAAGAAUCUUAUUAAUAAGAUAUAUACUGAUUCUGCUGAGGCUAAGAUCCCCGCAGUUUUGGAUUACCUGGGAACUGUCAUUGAGGCAGGCUGCAAGUUUCUAGUAUUUGCACACCAUCAGUCCAUGAUUGAUUCGAUAUAUCAGUUUCUUCUGAAAAAGAAAGUGGGUUGCAUUCGAAUUGAUGGAAGUAUCCCUACUGUGGCGAGGCAAGCUUAUGUUACAGAAUUUCAAGAAAAAGAUUCUAUCAAGGCAGCAGUGCUAUCUAUUAAAGCUGGAGGCGUUGGAUUAACUUUGACAGCUGCAAGCACUGUUAUUUUUGCGGAAUUGUCAUGGACUCCUGGCGACCUAAUUCAAGCUGAAGAUCGUGCUCAUAGAAUUGGCCAGGUGUCUUCGGUCAAUGUAUACUACCUUCUAGCAAACGAUACAGUUGAUGACAUCAUAUGGGAUGUUGUUCAGAGCAAGUUGGACAAUCUGGGACAGAUGCUCGAUGGCCAGGAGAAUACUAUGGAAGUUGCAGCCGGCCAGACCCGAAUCACCCCUGCAAGCCAGCCGCAAAGCAGCCCUGCAAAGCAAAAACUUGCAUUCAGCCAAUCGGGAAGCAGUCCAUCAAAGCAGAAAACACUCGACUCUUACAUGAAGCGUUGCAACAGCAGGGAAGACCCUGAAAGUCGGCCCAAGUUCAAAACCCCAAGGCCCUGAAUGAAGGCUAUGCUGAACAAAAUGGUAAUUUUGCCUGUUUGAAAUGCGUUGAAAGCACAACAUCGAAGCCAAACUACUAAUGUGAAGGGUUCUCUUCCCGUUCGAGGUUCAUCCUUUAACUCACCUGUGUAGGAUGUCUGGAAGACGACUGGAAAGAGGUUUUACCAAGUUGUCUGCAACUGCAACAGAGUGUUGAAGAAUUAUAUCGAAAGUUACAAGGAUUUUCCUAUGUUCACUUAUUGUUUGCACGCGCUACUAUAUCGAAGAUCCUGACUGGUUCUGGGCUUGUUUCAGUUAAUAUAAUUGUGUAGUAGUUCUGUUUA